AAUGCGCGCGGCGGUUGGCUGGGCUGCGGCGGGGCCUGGCUGCCGGCGGAGCGGAGGCCGCCUCUGCGGAGCCGGGAAGCCGCCUCGAGGCCCAGGAAAGGUGGCUUCAGGGCCUAGAGGGGCUGGCAAGGCCUGUGCCUAGGAGCGGCGGCGGGAGGGCGCCGAGAUUGUCGUCUCUCUGGCCCCCCUCAGCCCGGACCUCCCUCCUCCGCCUCGCCGGCUUCGGUUGGGAGGAUUCAAGGGAUGUCGCUCUCUCAUUCAUCCCUUUCAUAGUUAUCGCUGCGUCGCCGCCUCGCGUUCCUGUUCCAUCCCGCCUGCAGUUAGCCAAACCUUUCCUUUUCCCUUUGGCCUAGCGGAAGGCAUCCUGGGUUUACUCGUGUGUGUUUAUGUGCGCGCGCAUUUGAGUAUGAGCACAGUUGAAGAAGAAUCUGACACAGUGACAGUAGAAACCGUGAAUUCUGUGACUUUGACCCAAGAUACCGAAGGGAACCUUAUUCUUCACUGCCCUCAAGAUGAGGCAGAUGAAAUAGAUUCUGAAGACAGCAUCGAACCUCCUCACAAAAGGCUUUGCUUAUCAUCUGAAGAUGACCAGAGUAUGGAUGAUACAACCCCGUGCAUUUCUGUUGUUGCAGUUCCAAUUUCAGAAAGUGACCAGAGCUUUGAGGUGACUAUGACUGCUACCACUGAAGUAGCUGACAAUGAGGAUAAUGAAGGAACUGUAACUCAGAUCCAGAUUCUCCAGAAUGAACAACUGGAUGAAAUUUCUUCUCUAAGCAAUGAAGAAGUAUCAGCAGUUAGCCAAGCUUGGUUUACGACCAAAGAAGAUAAGGAUUCUUUAACAAACAAAGGUCAUAAAUGGAAGCAAGGAAUGUGGUCAAAAGAAGAAAUUGACAUUUUGAUGAGCAACAUUGAACGUUAUUUAAAGGCACGUGGAAUAAAAGAUGCCACUGAAAUCAUCUUUGAGAUGUCAAAAGAUGAAAGAAAAGAUUUCUACAGGACCAUUGCAUGGGGUCUGAACCGGCCUCUCUUUGCUGUUUAUAGACGGGUGCUGCGCAUGUAUGAUGACCGAAAUCACGUUGGCAAGUACACUCCUGAUGAAAUUGAAAAACUCAAGGAGUUAAGGAUAAAGCAUGGCAAUGACUGGGCAACUAUAGGAGCAGCUCUUGGAAGAAGUGCUUCUUCAGUAAAAGACCGAUGCAGGCUAAUGAAGGACACGUGCAAUACAGGCAAAUGGACAGAAGAAGAAGAAAAGAGACUUGCCGAAGUGGUACAUGAAUUAACUAGUACAGAACCUGGUGACAUUGUCACACAAGGCGUAUCUUGGGCUGCUGUGGCAGAACGAGUUGGGACACGGUCUGAAAAGCAGUGCCGCUCCAAAUGGCUCAACUAUCUAAACUGGAAACAAAGUGGGGGCACUGAAUGGACUAAGGAGGAUGAAAUAAACCUCAUCCUUAGAAUAGCAGAGCUAGAAGUGUUUGAUGAAAAUGACAUCAAUUGGGACCUUCUGGCUGAAGGCUGGAGCAGCGUGCGUUCCCCACAAUGGCUUCGCAGUAAAUGGUGGACAAUCAAGAGGCAGAUUGCGAACCACAAAGAGGUUUCAUUUCCUGUUCUUAUAAAAGGUCUGAAACAGCUUCAUGAAAGCCAAAAAAACACUCCAGGGCACCAGCUUUCAGAAAAUAAAUCCUUGCCAAGCAAUCAUUCUGGUUCUGGAGUUCAGCAUCUGCAGAUUCGAGUGGCACGUCUGGAUGAGAAUUCAAGCCAUUCCACGGGGCCCAUGGCAGCAUUACAGAUUCCAGUCCAGAUUACACAUGUCUCUUCUGCUGAAUCCCCUGCGGCUUCUGUUGACUCUGAGACAAUAACACUAAAUAGUGGGACACUGCAGACCUUUGAGAUUCUGCCAUCUUUUCAUCUGCAGCCCACUGGAACGCCAGGGACUUACUUACUCCAAACAAGUGCCAACCAGGGGCUGCCUUUGACACUCACUACCAGUCCAACAGUGACCCUCACAGCUGCCACUGCACCAGCCUCCCCAGACCAGAUUAUCGUUCAUGCCUUAUCCCCAGAGCACUUGCUGAACACAAGCGACAAUGUCACAGUACAGUGCCAUGCGCCAAGUGUCAUAAUUCGCACUGUUGCAGCUGAAGAGAUACCUUCAUCAGUAACCCAGGAGGAACUUACUGUUGAUUCAGACAUUCAGCCAGUUGACCUAGUGGGCACUCCGACGUCUUUGGAAACAGACACUUUUCCAGAUGACAUCCAUCAAUCCAAGUUGGCGGUUGAAGAGCAGGCCACUUAUGGUGAAGACAACAUUUCUAAAUUUGGUGACAGAACUAGCACUGAACUCUUAGACAGAGUCAUGGUGAGUGCGGGAGAAGAGAUUUUGAGUGCAGGCCUCAAACAUGGACAGGAUUGUCAGUCUGAUUUGGCCGGACCGUACGUUUCUGAGGGCCUCAGUUCUCCCACAACAGAAGAACAAGUGGAACAGUCUACCAUGGAUGACACUGUCCUUAUUGUACCUUCUCCCCGUGGCUUUAUCCAGACGUCAGAUGAUAUAGACAGCGAAUCAGUCUUGCCUUUAACAACACUAACAGAUCCUAUAUUACAGCACCACGGAGAGAAUUCCCAUAUGAUUGACUCUUCUCUUGAUAGUCCUGGUUCUGAAGACUCCAAGGAUGUUGAAGAUUUGGUUAGGUGCCACUAAACGCAAGCCAUGGUUUUCUAGUGCAACAGUGAUGUCAGAUUAAACAGCUGUCUGUAACCCCUAGACCACCUUUCCAAAGAAAACACGUUCAGUCCACUUACCCUGGCCAGAAAUGUGUGCUGAUCUCAAGCUUGAAACAUAUUACAGGCACAACUUAUCUAAGCCAAGGUUUUUGUCUUUCAGCAGAGUGAUCCCUAACCCUUCUUAGGCUGCUUUGAAGAGCAACCAAAUUGGGCAAUGAGGGAAUUUUGUGCUGUGGACCAACAUACAGUAGACAGUCUGCAAAGCGAGAAGUCGUUCUUUGGCUUUGUGCACUAAUCUUCAUGUUGCAGGACAAAGUAAUAGUCCGGCAAUAACCAUGAAAACCAAUGAAUGGCAAUAGAAAAGCUAUUUUUUCCCAGAACUGUUACUUCAGUGUAUGUAGUAGUAUUACAUACUGCUCCGUUCACAUUUGCAAUCUAAAUAAUCUGUUGCUGGCAACGGAUGGUAGAUAAAGAAUUAUAGUACUAUAAUUUUUAGACUUCUACUCCUUAUGCUAGUACAGCAAACGUAGGAAGAGAAGCUUAAAACUGUGAAAGGCUCACUCCAGGUAAACUUUUAAUUAAGAGAAGUUUAACAUUUUAAGUUUUUUGACCAUAUUUGUUGAAGCUCUUAUUUUACAGAAGCUAAAGUCAGCUCCCCAAUAAAUGCAGUGCAGCACAUGUGGGUAGUGUAACUUUGUGGACCAUCCAUAGCAGAAGAUCAAGGAUGAACAAGUUUCUGCUUCUGCCCACAUAAGAGGGAUGUAGACAGAGACACUAAGUUGAACUUAGAAUGUGACUUGACAGAUACAUGAUUGAAUGCAACAAGGCUAUGUAAAAAACUAUUUAUUGCUGUAAUUAGCUUUCUGAAGUCAGUUCUGUCUUCAGUCUGUGAGUUUGUUCAUGUGAAAAUGAAUCUGUAGUUAACAAAAACAUUUGUUUAAGGAGGGAACAGAAAUGACUGUGUUCAGUUUCAUACAAGUGAGAAACCUAUUUUGUCUUCUGUAGCAGUAGGAUGCCUUUUUAUUUAUACUGUAGUACAGACAUUUGCAGUGCUGCAGUUUUUGUACAGUGUAAUAAAAAAUGCAUUUUUCCCAAAAAGGAGAAAGCUCAUGCCAUUCUGAAAAACAA